UCGAGCCAGCCAUAUAAGCAUCGUAAAAUCUCGUCACUCUACCCCAGACUUCGUUAGAGGGAUGGAAGAGAUGCUUCGCUAAGUGGUGGAACACCGCCUCUUGCCGUGGAAAGAGCUUGUCUAGCUCGGUUCUGAAUUUUGGAACGUAGUACAAGCUUGGGACAAAAUACAGAAGAAUUUGUCGCCGAUAUCAGCGACUCCGUCCAUUAUCUCGAUGUAACCGUACCUUGCAAAGUUAGCACCGGCUUCGCAUUUUUCAAACUUGAGCUUAAACUUGUCACUCUCGACAAACUGGAACGGAAAGUCCCGGGGAGCAAACCAUGAACUCCGAGGAAAUGGCUCGCAGAAGAGCUCGUCCAUGUCUUUCCCUGGGUCAAUUAACAAAACUCGACGGGUGAGCAAGGCGUAGAGGAAAGCCGCAGCAAUCGACACCAUCUUGUUCCCGAGGCCACUAUAGUUCAGCCAAAGGAUGAACUUGUAAUCGCUGUUCUUCGCGGCUGUGGAGUUGAACCAAGUCUGGAGAUAACCUCUGGUGCAGCGAGCAUGGAACUCGUCGUAAGAACGAAGCCUGGCGAUGAGGUACUCCGAUGGUAGUGGACUAUGAGAAGUUCUGAUGGAAUCACCUUCUUUUCUUCCACUGAUCAGAUUGAAGCUGCUCCGCUUGUUCCAGGUGAUCAAAACUUUAGUCCUCCCUUCCUGGAACCAAACUGCGGCAGAGUAGAAUAAUAUAUAGACGAAGACAAGUGCUCCUGAGGCUCUCCUCAGCGUCGACAUGUAAAGAGUUUCCAUGAAGACCACUUGUGACUUGCAUCACGAACUCGGCAUUUUGCGUCGAGCAGUUUUCCACUUUGCCAAAAAGCUCUGCUGGCACAACCUCUCCGGCUGAGUUGGCCGCCACCGCGCGAAUAUUUCAUGUCAUGGAAAAUAUGCAUUUGCGCACUCCAACUCUCAUUCAAUACGUUUGUGGAAACUUAUUUGCCAACACGCAGGUCGGAAGCCGGCACAAAAGAGUAACUUACACUGCUGUUGGAGAUGCCUUGUCUGUUUGGCCACAGGAGCUGCUUUACAAGCAGGAAUGGAACUCCUCUUUUUGGUUUUCCUAACCUUCUAUGGUCAAUACUCGGUUUCAUCAUAUUCUUCUACUUUUCUCCGGCUGUUCUUCUUGGAAGGCGACUGCGGGGAGUAAGGAGCAGCGAGGCUGGCUUGAUCCUCUCUUCGGCUGCACAACAACAAGAUGCCAUCGAGAACGGAAACAGCAGCAACGGUGAGGAGGUCCAGGUACUGUUGGAGUUUAGAAAAUGCAUCAAAGCGGAUCCAUCCGGUCUUCUGGACAAGUGGGCUUUGCGGAGGAGCCCAGUUUGCGGCUGGCCUGGAAUCGCAUGCAGGCACGGCCGAGUUCGCGCUCUCAAUCUUUCCGGCUUGGGUCUGGAGGGCGCCAUAUCGCCGCAGAUCGCCGCGCUGAGGCACUUGGCUGUGUUGGAUUUGCAGACCAACAAUUUAUCGGGAAGCAUUCCUUCCGAGCUCGGCAACUGCACAUCGCUCCAGGGGCUGUUUCUAGCUUCCAACCUACUCACAGGAGCCAUCCCUCAUUCGCUCGGCAACCUUCAUCGCCUUCGGGGCCUCCAUCUCCACGAGAAUCUGCUGCACGGCUCAAUACCACCUUCGCUCGGGAACUGCUCAUUGCUCACAGAUUUAGAGCUCGCCAAGAAUGGAUUGACAGGAAGUAUCCCUGAAGCGCUGGGCCGUCUGGAAAUGCUUCAGAGCUUGUACCUCUUCGAAAACAGGCUAACGGGAAGGAUUCCAGAACAGAUUGGGGGCCUCACACGACUGGAAGAACUCAUACUAUACUCCAACAAGUUGAGCGGAAGCAUACCACCUUCAUUUGGCCAGCUUCGAAGGUUGAGACUUCUCUACCUCUACGCCAACGAGCUGGAAGGAUCCAUACCACCGGUUUUGUCAAAUUGCUCCCAGCUUGAAGAUGUGGAGCUCUCUCAAAACCGGCUAACCGGCAGCAUACCGACCGAGCUCGGCUCCUUGAAGAAGUUGGCCUUCUUAUCCAUUUUCGAGACCAAUCUCACUGGUUCCAUUCCCGAUGAGCUCGGCCACCUGGAUGAACUCAGCGAACUUCUGCUCUACUCGAACAGGCUAACCGGCAGCUUGCCUCAGUCACUGGGGAGAUUGACGAAGCUCACCACCUUGUCCUUGUAUGACAACAAUCUCACUGGGGAAUUGCCGGCUUCGCUUGGGAACUGCAGCAUGCUAGUGGAUGUAGAGCUGCAGAUGAAUAACUUCUCUGGAGGCUUACCACCUUCGCUUGCUCUUCUCGGGGAACUUCAAGUGUUUCGGAUGAUGAGCAACCGGUUAUCGGGUCCGUUUCCUUCGGCUCUUACGAACUGUACGCAGCUCAAGGUGCUGGAUUUGGGGGAUAAUCACUUCUCGGGUAACGUUCCUGAAGAAAUCGGCAGCUUGGUCCGACUACAACAACUCCAGCUGUACGAGAAUGAAUUCAGCGGCCCGAUUCCAUCGAGUCUUGGCACACUUACGGAGCUGUAUCACUUGGCUAUGUCUUACAACAGGCUCAGCGGCAGCAUUCCUGAUAGCUUUGCCUCUCUGGCGAGCAUCCAGGGGAUUUACUUGCACGGGAAUUAUCUCUCAGGGGAGGUUCCGUUUGCGGCUCUCAGGAGGUGUUCGCAUUUGGAGGUGCUCGUGCUGUCUUAUAACAAGUUGGAAGGAUUUCUAUCGGAAGAGCUUGGUGACAUGCAGAGCCUGACCGGCUUGAGACUGGACGAAAAUAAGUUUCGAGGAAGUAUUCCCGCGAGCGUGGGCAGGCUUACCAAACUUCAGCUGUUUAACCUCUCGAACAACAUGCUCUCAGGUCUCUUACCCGCAGGUCUUGGAAAUUUGCACGAUUUGCAGGUUAGCUUCGAUUUGUCUCACAAUUCCUUGGCUGGCCCAAUCCCGUCGUGGAUCAAGAACAUGGACAAGGUUCUCUCAAUAUCUCUUGCAUCAAACUCCCUCUCAGGAGAAAUUCCAAGCAGCAUUUCUGACUGCAAAGGCCUGCAAAGCUUGGAUCUUUCUUCUAACGGGUUGGUCGGUCAGAUACCCGAAGGACUUGGUACGCUCAAGUCGCUCGUGACUUUGGAUCUUUCUUCUAACAACUUAACGGGCAGAAUACCGAAGUCGCUGGCAACUCUGUCGGGUUUGAGCUCCCUCAACGUCUCCAUGAACAAUCUUCAAGGACCUGUCCCGCAGGAAGGUGUUUUUCUCAAGCUCAACUUGAGCUCUUUGGGUGGGAAUCCAGGUUUGUGCGGCGAGCGUGUGAAGAAAGCAUGCCAGGACGAGUCAUCAGCAGCUUCAGCUUCAAAGCACAGGUCUAUGGGGAAAGUGGGUGCGACAUUAGUGAUUUCUGCUGCAAUUUUCAUUCUAGUGGCAGCUUUGGGUUGGUGGUUCCUCUUGGAUCGCUGGAGGAUCAAGCAACUUGAAGUCACUGGCAGCAGAAGUCCUAGAAUGACUUUUUCUCCUGCAGGUCUCAAAGCCUACACGGCCUCUGAGCUGUCAGCAAUGACUGAUUGCUUCAGCGAGGCGAACCUUCUGGGAGCAGGCGGAUUCAGCAAGGUCUACAAGGGAACCAACGCACUCAACGGCGAGACAGUCGCAGUCAAAGUGCUGAGUUCUAGCUGCGUUGACUUGAAGAGCUUUGUUUCCGAAGUCAACAUGCUGGAUGUGCUGAAGCACAGGAACCUCGUCAAAGUCCUGGGUUACUGCUGGACGUGGGAGGUCAAAGCUCUCGUCCUGGAGUUCAUGCCUAACGGAUCGCUGGCCAGCUUUGCAGCGAGAAAUAGCCACCGAUUGGAUUGGAAAAUAAGACUUACGAUAGCUGAAGGUAUUGCACAGGGACUGUAUUACAUGCACAACCAGCUCAAAGACCCGGUUAUUCACUGCGACUUGAAGCCAGGAAAUGUUCUUUUAGAUGCAGGCUUAAGUCCCCACGUUGCAGACUUUGGCCUUUCCAAGUUGGUCCAUGGUGAGAAUGGUGAAACUUCUGUGAGUGCUUUCAAAGGAACCAUUGGCUAUGCUCCACCAGAGUAUGGAACUUCGUACCGAGUUUCCACCAAAGGCGAUGUCUACAGCUAUGGAGUGGUGCUUUUGGAGCUCCUAACAGGUGUGGCUCCAAGCAGUGAGUGUCUCCGAGUGAGGGGCCAGACUCUGCGUGAGUGGAUUCUAGAUGAAGGAAGAGAGGAUCUCUGCCAAGUGCUUGAUCCAGCAUUGGCUCUUGUUGAUACUGAUCAUGGUGUAGAGAUUCAGAACUUGGUGCAGGUGGGUCUUCUGUGCACAGCAUACAACCCCAGUCAGCGUCCGAGCAUCAAGGAUGUGGUUGCAAUGCUAGAGCAGCUCAACCAAUAGUUCAACAACACGAGAUUUUGUAAUAUCCUAUACACUGUAUAAUGCUCGAGCUCUUGAUUCGAAGUCCAA